AUGGGAAAAGUUAGCUCUAAACCAUCUCAACCCAGAAAAGAUAGAAGUUUUUCACAUCCUGAUGUUAAAAAAGAUCAAACUAUACAGAAUUAUAUGACAAAGAGAAAAUAUUCUGAUUCUUAUAUACUCCCUUUAGAUGAUGAUGAGAUUGAUAGAAUGAUUUUACAACACUAUAUUUUUCAAAAUUUUUGGAAAAGUGAUUUUUCUUCACCUAUUGAAAGUUCGUUAGAACGCGGUGCAAAAAUGUUGGACAUAGGAUGUGGUCCAGGAGUUCUUAUUCUUGAACUUGCUAGUAAAUAUCCAAGGUCACAUUUUACAGGAUGUGAUAUUGUCGCAAAUUAUCCUCUUCAUAUUAAACCUGGAAAUAGCACAUUCGUGAAGGCUAAUGUUAUUGAAGGGCUACCUUUUCCUGAUAAUACAUUUAUGAUGUUUGCACUAACGACGAAAGAUUGGCCAUUUGCCAUUAAGGAAAUGGUUAGGGUUACAAAACCAGGAGGAUGGAUUGAAAUAAUGGAAAGGGAUAUUUAUUGGUACAAUGAAGGGGAAGAUGUAAAAACUUGGAGGAAAAGGGUUGUUGAUGGAUUAAAAGCAGAAAAAGGCAUUGACCUUAUAAUAAGCCCACACAUGCCUAAUUAUCUUGCUGCAAAUAAAUCAUUAACCAACAUUUCAAGAGACGAGAGGGUCGAACCUUUGGGCUCAUGGGGUGGUGUUUUGGGUAAAGCUUAUGGAGAACUUAUAACGUGGGGUGCUAAGAACCUUUCAGAAGCUGUUUCUAAUAUACAAUUCUCAGAAGGAGACUAUAAUAUAUUAGUUGAUAUUGCGAUGAAAGACUUGAAUAGUAAUAAAGCAUUUGACAAAAGUCAUCGAUUUUGGGCAAUGAAAACACUUGAUUAA